CAUCAUACUCUACCCUUCCCAGGUCACACCUAGGGGGCUGAGGAGUGACAGGUGGAGCAGGGCAAGGCUGGAUUAAACAUUAAUGCAGCUGUCACCACUGCCCAGAGGAGCAAGUUCCCAGAGCCAAGCUGCAGAGCUACCCUGGUAUCCCCAGGCUGAGGAGGUGGUGAGUGGCAGACAUGGCUCAAUUUGUCCAGGUCCUAGCUGAAAUAGGUGACUUUGGUCGCUUCCAGAUACAACUAUUGAUACUGCUGUGUGUUCUCAACUUCCUGUCUCCCUUCUACUUUUUUGCCCAUGUCUUCAUGGUCCUAGAUGAGCCCCACCACUGUGCAGUGGCCUGGGUGAAGAACCACACUUUCAACCUGAGUGCUGCUGAACAGCUGGCACUGAGCGUGCCCCUGGACACUGCAGGCCACCCAGAGCCCUGCCUCAUGUUCCGGCCACCCGCUGCCAAUGCCAGCCUGCAGGAUAUCCUCAGCCACCACUUCAAUGAGACGCAGCCUUGUGAUAUGGGCUGGGAAUAUCCUGAGAACAGGCUCCCAUCCCUAAAGAAUGAGUUCAACCUGGUUUGUGAUCGGAAGCAUCUGAAGGACACCACACAGUCAGUGUUCAUGGCUGGGCUCCUUGUUGGCACCCUCAUGUUUGGGCCCCUCUGGGACCGGAUUGGCCGCAAGGCCACGAUCCUGGUGCAGCUGCUCCUCUUCACCCUCAUUGGCCUGGUCACAGCCUUUGUGCCCAGCUUUGAGCUCUACAUGGCCCUGCGCUUUGCUGUGGCUACUGCCAUCGCUGGAUUUGCCUUCAGCAAUGUCACCCUACUGACGGAGUGGGUGGGGCCCACAUGGAGGACGCAGGCCGUGGUCCUGGCCCAGUGCACCUACUCCCUUGGGCAGAUGGUGCUCGCGGGACUCGCCUAUGGUUUCCGCAACUGGAGGCUCCUUCAGAUCACUGGCACCGCACCUGGCUUACUGCUCUUCUUCUACUUCUGGGCUCUGCCAGAAUCUGCACGGUGGCUCCUGACCCAUGGGAGGAUGGACGAGGCGAAACAACUGAUUCAGAGGGCAGCCUCGGUCAACAGGCGGAAACUCUCUCCGGAGCUCAUGAACCAGCUGGUCCCAGAGAAGACAGGCCCCUCAGGGAAUGCCCUGGAUCUGUUCAGACACCCCCAGCUCCGGAAGGUGACUCUGAUUAUCUUCUGUGUCUGGUUUGUGGACAGUCUGGGGUACUACGGCCUGAGCCUCCAAGUGGGGGACUUUGGCCUGGACAUCUAUCUGACGCAGCUCAUCUUUGGAGCUGUUGAGGUGCCUGCCCGCUGUUCCAGCAUCUUCAUGAUGCAGAGGUUUGGCCGCAAGUGGAGCCAGCUGGGGACCUUGGUCUUGGGUGGCUUUAUGUAUAUCAUCAUCAUCUUCAUCCCAGCAGAUCUGCCUGUGGUGGUCACUGUGCUGGCUGUGGUGGCGAAGAUGGCCACAGCUGCCGCCUUUACCAUCUCCUAUGUGUACUCUGCCGAGCUUUUCCCCACCAUCCUCCGGCAAACAGGCAUGGGGCUGGUGGGCAUCUUCUCACGGAUUGGGGGCAUCCUCGCACCACUAGUGAUCCUGCUGGGAGAGUACCACGCUGCCCUCCCCAUGCUCAUCUACGGCAGCCUCCCCAUUGUGGCCGGCCUGCUCUGCACCCUGCUGCCAGAGACGCGUGGCCAGGCCCUGAAAGACACCCUCCAGGACCUGGAGCUGGGGCCUCACCCACGGUCCCCCAAAUCAGUGCCCUCAGAGAAGGAAACAGAAGCCACAGGAAGAACUUCCAGCCCAGGAGUGACCUUUGUGAGCAGUACAUACUUCUGAUUGAGGUCUCUAAGAGCUGGACUGUCAGCAUCAGGGAGCUGCCUAAACAUCUCGUUGGAUAUGGCCAGGACCCACAGGGACACAGGGCAAGACCAGCUUUGCUUAUGGAGGCAGCACACCACAACCUGGCCCAUGGCUGUCACCUCCUGCUGAGCCCAAUCCCGGAGGUAUCUGGGACAGGACUUCUCGGCCUCCUUCGCGUUUCUCAUCUCUGGAGCCCCGCCCCCAAUACUCUGUCUGGGUUAGGAUCUUGGGUAUGUCUUGGGCUUAACUUGUCUUCUAACAA